AUGGAGGCGCCGCUGCUGGUGGCCGCGCUGCUGCUCCUGUCCUCGACCCUCGUCGUCUCCGAUUUCUGCGUGUGCAGGUCGGAGCAGCCGCAGGCGGCGCUGCAGAAGACCAUCGACUACGCGUGCGGGGCGGGGGCGGACUGCAAUUCGAUCCACGAGCAGGGGCCGUGCUACAACCCCAACAACGUCGUCGCGCACUGCUCCUGGGCGGCCAACAGCUACUUCCAGAAGAAGAGGGCCAUGGGCGCCACCUGCGACUUCGGCGGCACCGCCCUCAUCAUCUCCACCGACCCAAGCUCUUCAGGCUGCUCCUACCCCUCAAGCGCAAGUGCUGCUGGAACAUCAACGACUCCGACCGGGACUGGGACUGGGAUCGGAGGCACAACAGGGGGAACUGGAGGCACCUUCACGCCCGGUGCCGGCACUAGCACCGGCGGCAUGGGAGGAACCGGCACGGGGACGGACACCACCAGUGGGGCUACGGGCACCGGGUUUGGCGGCCUGGGUCCAACAGGCACGAGCAACAUGGACACGGCAGCAGCGGGCUUGCACACAAGGUCCCGAGCCGUAGAGCCUGCCUUCCUCGCCCUGCUCCUCUUCUUCCUGGCAUUCGCAUGA